AUGUGGAGCCUUGAGGUAAACCACUCGAAGUCGGUUUACUCAUGGUUUACACUGGGUCGUGAUAUAUUGAAGGAACCUGUUGAGCUACGAAUGGAUGGCAAGAUUCUGGAAUGGGAUAAAAAGCCCAAGUACCUUGGAGUAAUUCUCGAUCAGAAACUGACUAUGUGCGAUCAUAUUCAGCAGGUGCGAGAGACAGCUUCCGAGAAGCUGAAUAUCGUAAAGAAACUAGCUGGAACGAAGUGGGGAGCGAGAGCGGAUGUGCUGAGAGGACUGUACAUGGGUGCAGUACGCUCUCACUUGGAUUACAGUCUCCCUGUUCAGGUCUGGGCUUCGCAAACGACUCUAGCAAGCCUAGAUGCUGUUCAGAACCAAGCCAUAAGACUAAUCUGUGGAACCUUUAGGACAACGCCAAUUGCCGCUGGCGAGAUUAUGGCAAACAUCCCACCGUUGAAAUUGCGCAGAGAGCGAGCCGUCAUACUAGCUCACGAGAGAUAUAUGCGGCUGGAAGAUGGAUGCCCACUCAGAAGUCUAGUCGACAACUGGGAGGGUAGGAGACGCCUCCAUAACCGGCCCUGCUUCAUGCAUGUGGCGCGUGGGUUGGUCAGAGAGGCGAAUCUGCCGGUGGAGCGGGCUGCUCUUUCCCCGUCCGGUUCUAUCUUCCCAAUGGAGGCCAUCGGCAUGCCGACGAUACGGAAGAGCCUACUUGACCCAGUGGUGACUAGGCAGAGUCACCACACACGGCUACUACAAGCAGCCAGAGAGACUAUCGCAUCAUAUCCAGCCGGAGUAACCACCAUCUACACAGACGGUUCUGUGCAGACGCUCGAGGGAACUGUGAAAGCUGGGUACGGGCGGUAG